AUGGGUCAAAUCGAUUCGUUUUUGUUCAUUUUUCUUUGCCUUCUGGGGUACGUGGAGUUGGCCAAGGGUGGCUCGGGGCUGGCAUGCAACUGGGGGAUGCAAUCGACGCACCCUUUGCCACCGGGCAUAGUGGUGAGGCUGUUGAAGGACAACGGGUUCAGCAAGGUGAAGCUGUUUGAAGCUGAUCCUGGUGCACUCAAAGCUCUCGGCAGGUCAGGCAUCCAGGUCAUGGUUGGGAUACCAAAUUACAUGCUGGCUUCGCUUGCGAGUGCUGUGGGAAAUGCUGAGGCAUGGGUCCAACAAAAUGUUUCCAACUACAUCUCCAACCAUGGAACAUAUAUAAGGUCGGUAGCCGUAGGCAAUGAACCAUUCCUACGUGACUACAAAGAUCAGUUCGUGAAUACUAUAUUCCCGGCUCUUGAAAACAUUCAAGCAGCUCUUGUCAAAGCCGGGCUAGGUAAGCAAGUGAAGGCCACCAUCCCUAUAAACGCCGACGUCUACCAGACCGACUCCGGCCUACCCUCCGGCGGCUAUUUCCGGCCGGAACUCCAGAAUCUAAUGAUGAACAUCAUCAAGUUCCUUCAAGACAAUGGUGGCUUCCUCACCAUCAACAUCUAUCCUUUUCUUAGCAUGAAAGCAGACCCCAGUUUCCCCAGAGAAUAUGCUUUCUUCAACAACACGGCCAAGCCAGUGGUCGAUGGUUCCAUCGUUUACACCAACGUGUACGAUGCUAAUUUCGAUACCCUCAUUUCAGCUCUCGAGAAAAAUGGCUUCGGACACAUGCCGGUCGUCAUCGGAGAAGUUGGCUGGCCGACGGAUGGCGAUGCGAGCGCAAAUGUCGAUAACGCCAAGAGGUUUAACCAGGCGCUUCUGGACCGUAUAGUGCAAGGCCUAGGCAGUCCGAGGAGACGAACGCCGCCCGAUGUUUAUAUCUUUUCGCUCAUCGACGAAGACCAUAAGAGCACGUUGCCGGGGAAUUUCGAGAGGCAUUGGGGUAUCCUCAAAUACGAUGGCGGCAUCAAGUAUCCUUUGGAUAUGGGAAACGGACGAGCCGUCGUGCCGGCCAAAGGCGUCAAGUAUUUGGCCAAGCAAUGGUGCGUGAUGUCGCCUUCUACCGGCGGCGUCUCGGACCCCAACACGUUGGCUCAGAGCAUCACUUACGCUUGCGAGAACGGAGAUUGCACCAGCCUCGGCUAUGGUUCUUCGUGCGGCAAUCUGGACUCCCAGAGCAAUGCUUCUUAUGCGUUCAACACGUACUUUCAGACCAUGAAUCAGAGUAAGGGUGCAUGUAAUUUUAACAACUUGGCCGUCAUUACAACUGUUGAUCCGACGAAGCCGCCUUGUCGGUUCGAGAUCAUGAUCGACACCCGAAAACAGAAGAAGGCGGCGUCUCCUCCUACGGUUUACAGAUCUUCGGCUGCCAAAAUCCAACGCAUAUUUGCGGCCUUGAUUCUGGGUUUAGUAAUUUGUGGUGUUCAUUGAUUUGAGUUCUUUGCUGCACUCAAACGAGCCAAUCGCCACUUCCAUUUGAGGUUAAUUUUUCCUUAGA